AUGCCAGAGAUACGCAAUCUUCCUCCAUUACAGCUUUUAUGCGAUAUCCAAUCUUUAAAGCUUCUUCGGACGGAAUUGGACUCUGCCGUCGUUUAUGUCGAGAAAGAGGCAAGUCAUAUCGCGGAAUAUCUGACCGAAAUCAACAGUCUGCUUGCUGAACGGGGCUACUAUCAUGAUAGAAUUUCCGUAAUUGAUAAGGAUCUCAGUUCGCUCUAUGACACACUCUCGGCUGCUCAGCUGCAAUAUGAUUCAUCCCUUGCCCUGGUGGUCUCUUUAAAUAUCCAAUACAAGAUGCUCUUGGAUAAGAUCAAUAAAUGUCACAAAGAUCUAGAUUUGAAAUCAGAGGUCAUUGAAAAAGAUUUCGAAGCCAUUUCAAUUGCCGCUUCGGAUCCAUAUUAUGCUAAAAGAAAAUGUGAGAUAAUGGCUGAUAAAUGUCUAUUGGUCGGACGUUUUGAAGGAGAUCGAAAUUCUCCCGUAUUAGGCAAUCUCCCCAAAACAAAUAGUCGCAAUGGUGCUGCUCUUUCCAGUGUUGCUUUGUCUCUCGAACUUCCUUUCUUCUCAUUACCUGUUGAUCAGAUUACAACAUCUCAGCAAUCAUCAAGUCUCGUCAUUGAAAAAUCUCAGUCUCAUCAAGGUAAUUUGCUUGUUCUAGAUGUUAGAUUUGUUUGA